AUGAGGCUCACAAUUAUUACUCGGAUCAUGUCCCUUCAGCGUUUGUCGCGAUACCCGCGAAGGUCACGUGGUUUGUUGGCAAUUCGACAACCGAAAGCAGCCGGUGUGUCAGGAGUAUUGCGAAGGCCGAGCACUUCUGACCGUUCCAGUCAAUCACAUCCUCAUUCGUCAUCGAUAUCUGACCGUUCAGCAUCAUUGAGAAUUGUGUGGGAGGGUCAGCAGGACUGGGAUGAUGAGUUCGCCAUUGCAGAUGCACCGCAACGUCAGUCUAACGGCUCGCGAACUCGAUGUUCACCACCGAAAGUGGCUCCAUCUACGUCUGUUGGUGAUAUGAGCACCGUUUUUGACGAGGUACGAGGUUCAGAAACAAAGAUCUGUUAG